AUGAAAGUUACGGGUGUCCUAGGCACUCGCUCGAGUGGAACGACGAGUAGAAACGUACGAACACGCAGAGAUCUGUCUUGUUCGUCGUUGAUUCGUCGACUUGGUUGCGCGCUACGUGAGGGCAAAAUAUCUGCAAGCGAGCUAACAAGCUUGUAUCUCAAGCGAAUUGAGACAAAAGAUGACACGCUCAAUGCUUUCACAGAAGUUGAUAAGAUCGGCUCCAUCGAGCAGGCGAAGAAAGUUGAUGCAAGACUUGCAGCAGGUGAAGCUCUGCACAUUCUCGCUGGUAUUCCGCUAGCCAUCAAAGACAAUAUAUGCCGUCAGGGCGUUUCAACAACAGCCGGCUCAACCCUAUUGAGGAAACACCUCUCGACAUAUGAUGCUGAAGUUGUCUCAGGUUUGAAGGCUCGUGACUGCGUUUUACUUGGGCAGACCAAUAUGGACGAGUUUGGCAUGGGAAAUACCACUGAGACGGGGCUCGGUCCACCCACUCGUAAUCCUUGGAAUGCCUCCCACGUGCCUGGAGGGUCAUCUGGCGGGUCCGCAGCCGCUGUUGCUGCGCAAAUGUGUGCUGGCGCACUUGGUAGUGACACAGGAGGUUCCAUACGCCAACCAGCGUCAUUUUGUGGCGUUGUAGGGCUAAAACCGACUUAUGGAACAGUAUCUAGGCACGGUCUAGUGGCAUACUGCUCCAGCUUUGAUACAAUCGGCCCAAUUGGCCCAACCGUUGAAGACGUAUCAUAUUUGUUUCAAGCUAUUAAGGGCGAUUUGAAGUCCAUGAAGUAUGAUACGAGUCUCAGACGAUCAGGAGAUAGGAAACCACUUUCCUUUCUGGAAGAAUCUCAACUUCCGUCGAGACCUCUACAAGGUAGACGGUUUGCUGUGAUAGCCGAAGCACUUGGUCCUGGUGUCAGCACGGAGGUGAGAAGUGCGUUUUUGGAAUCGGUCAAGCACAUAGAAGGUAUCGGUGGAAUUGUGGAUCUCGUUACAAGUAGAACGUUUCAACGUGGUUUACCUGCUUACUACGUGAUCGCCUUAUCAGAAGCCAGCAGUAACUUAGCCCGUUUCGACGGCACUCGCUUUGGUUCUGCAAGUUUUACACAGCAGAUCCUCGAAUCUUACACUGAACUCCGACAAGAUACCCUUGGCGAAGAGGUUCGUAGACGCAUUCUUAUGGGUACAUAUAUGUUGUCUUCUGGUUAUAGCGAUGAAUAUUAUACCCGAGCGAAAUGCGCUCAAAAGCAAGUAUGUGAUGAACUUGUGGGUUACUUGAGCAACUAUGAUGCUCUUUUGACACCAGCAACUCCAGAUCUAGCGUACAUAGUUGGUGAGAAGACGAAGAAUCCACUGCAGAUGUACGCUGGCGAUCUGAUGACGGUGAACAUUAAUCUUUCUGGUUUGCCUGCUAUUGUAGUGAGGUCUUGUGAACCUGAGAGCAAUCCGUCGCAACGCUUACCCAUCGGUAUUCAAUUCAUUGGUAAACAUUUUUGUGAGAAUGAGCUGCUAGAAAUCGCGCAUACGUUUGAGACCUCUCAGAACACGCGUAAGAAAUUUCCUGAGGAUGAUAUGCUGUCGAAUUUGUGA